GAAUCAAUGAAUACAUCUGGGGCGGAAACCACCACCAAGUCAGUGAGCGAAUUUAUCCUUCUGGGUUUUCCCUGCAGCCAGGAGAUCCAGGCUGUCUUAUUCGUGGUCUUCUCUGUCAUCUACCUCCUGACUCUGAUGGGAAAUGGAGCUAUUAUCUGUGCUGUGUGUUGGGAUCAGCAUCUUCAUACCCCCAUGUAUAUCCUGCUGGGCAAUUUUGCUUUCCUGGAGAUCUGGUAUGUCAACUCCACAGUCCCAAACACUUUGGUCAACUUCCUGUCUGAGACUAAGGCCAUAUCUUUUCAUGGUUGCUUUCUCCAGUUAUAUUUUUUCUUUUCCAUGGGCUCCACAGAGUGUUUUUUUCUCUCUGCAAUGGCCUUUGAUAGAUAUCUUGCCAUCUGCCAUCCUCUCCAUUAUGCCACAAUUAUGACUGGCCAACACUGCGUCAACUUCGUGAUCUCCUGUUGGGUAUGCGGCUUUCUCUGGUACCUGGCGCCUGUCAUUCUCAUUUCCCAACUGCCUUUCUGUGGCCCUAACGUAAUUGAUCAUUUUGUAUGUGAUUCAGGCCCACUGCUAACCCUCUCCUGUGCACCUGCCCCCAUGUCCAAGCUUGCCAGUUAUACCUUAAGUUCCCUCAUUAUCCUCCUUAGCUUCCUUUCUAUUCUCAUUUCUUAUGCUCUGGUUCUACUGGCUGUGUUUCGGUUACCCUCAGCAUCCAGUCGGCGUAAAGCCUUUUCAACCUGUGGAUCCCACCUGGCUGUGGUUCUGCUAUUCUAUGGUACGAUCAUGGUGAUGCAUGUGAGCCCUGGGUCCAGCCACACCACCUUGAUGCCUAAGAUCAUGACCUUGUUCUACGCAAUGGUGACUCCACUCUUCAAUCCCCUGAUUUACAGUCUUAGAAAUAAGGAGAUGAAAAAUGCCCUGCAGAAAGUUCUGCAGAUGUUUAAAACGUCCUUGAAAGUCUUUGGUGCCAGAUGCAGAAGUGUGGGGUAA